GGUUUUUCGGCUGGAAACGGCAAACAACGCGUGACUCGGUGAAACAUAACAUUUACCUUUCACUGGCUGUGAAGCUCAGUUAAUCACGUCCAAAACCACACGAUAUUCGUCUCAAUCCGCUAAUUCUUUGAUCUUGAAUAAUGGUCAUUUGACGACAUGGGGUGAAAGUAUUUAUUUUAUCGUGUGAAAACUAUUGCUGAUAGUGUGGCGACAGGAGAGACUGCAGUCAAGGUGAGUUUUCCACGCACUUUUUUUAAUAGCUUGUUUUGAAAUUUUGGUACUAUUACUAACCUGUUCGACUGAAAUCACUGUAUUCAAUGUAAGGAAAGCUUAUUAGUUUGGAUCUCGACUGCAAAGACUUUAAGCCUGUCGCUGGAGUUCGCGUAAUACCCUGCUAGCAGGGUAGAGUUCGCGUGUUCCGGUUUGGCAAUUGCAGAAACUGAGAAAGGCUUCAUUGAACUGCGAAUUGCUUCUUCUUAAAACGUUCAAUUAUUUUUAUCAGUAAGCGUUAUCCAUGACCAUUUAAUGAUAUCCAAAUGCUAUAUACAAUAAUUAUGAGUCACCGAGACCAGUUCACAAACAGACCUUUUCAUCUGUACCUUACGUAAAUGGAAUCUCAAGCACGUAAGACAUAACGAUCUAAUUUGUCGCAAUAGUGACUGUACGUACUGUCUGACACAGUAAAUUUUAGAGGAGUUUAAAACGGUGAACGUUGCUAUAACAUACUGUGCACUGAAGGUAUUUUUUUUAUCUGCAAAUUAAAGUUGAGUGACAUGUCUUCUAUUAGAAAUUCCACUUCAAUUUAAAAUUGAAUUGUGAUGACAAAAACAAUAAACUGUAUAGAAUUCUCUGACUUUUCAGGCAUUGUUUAAGGAGUUUUAAUAAAUCUGAGCGAGUCAAAUUUAGGUCUUAAACAAAGUUUGCAGAUGCAACCGACGGUUCAGAAGAAGGGAUAAAUAGUAAGGAAAAAGGUUUCCAGACACAGUCCAUCCCUCCUGAGCUUUGACUCAUUCCAUAAAAAUGGGAUCAAUUUAUGUUUCACUUAGGGUGCUUUCCAUUUGUCAGAACUGACUGGCCAGACCAUUCCCAUCGUAAUGAGAAUUUCACUAUUGAUCAAAACUAUCCAUCCAGAUCAGUCAAAUCCUAAACAGUGUGCACGAAGGAGAUAGUUUUUCAGCAAAAACCCUCGGAAAAAGACGAUUUCAUAGCUAAAAUGACUGGUCGGCAAUGGUCCGGCUGGCCAGUUCUGACAAAUGGAAAGCGCCCUUAGUUUAUGUCAAUCUCUUUGUCAUUAUUUUUCUGAUAAUUGUUGUGUUUUCUUUCUAGACCACCCCAAUUCUACACCACGGCAAUGGAACCCUUUGAUAAUGACAGUAACAUGAGUGACAAGCAUGUUGUAUUGUGCCACCUAAUUUGGAGAAGGUCUUAAUAAUAGAUCAUAACCUCUACAUGCCUUGAAGAAUUUUUCAUCACUGCUAUUUUCUUUAUUUGAAUCAGGCAGUGUUUAGGGAAGGAACUUUUACUGCAUCAGCUGUAGUCAUUUUUUGUAUUUUUGUCAAGGCGCUUGUUGGGAUACAAUGGCCCAUGAUCAUCACUUAUUGUGGACGACAACGGGACAGAAAACUGCGUCAAAACAACAUUUAGAUCCUCAGUCACUUUAUCAUUUCUUCAGCAAUGCAAAUGCGGCAAGAGCUCGUCAUGGAAGGCCCAUUCAGCGCAUUAAAAGUGCAGCUCCCAGGAUUGGUGGAAGGGAACGUGAUAGUAUUGUUGGAAGUCAUUUGGGAAGCUUUGCAAGUUUAAGGGAUCCAUCGCCGACACCAGCAACAUCACGGCCAUUAUCAUCAAGAAGUGGCAUAAGUUCGUAUAGCUCACGAUCAGUACACAAAGCUAAACCAACUCAAAGCAUGUCACCUUCUGCUUUGUAUCGUGGACUUCAUAAAGCAAGAUGCAAAUCUGCUCCACCAAGGCCAGCUGAUUAUUACCUGCCCCAGAGACCUAAAACUGCAAAACCUCAUGGAGGAUGUGCAUCUGCAUCUUCUAGGGUUGCUGCAAAACGUGCUUGGCAAAAUAGGACGAGUUCUGCAAAAAGCCAGCACUCUCUUUUACCAAGAGAAGAAGUACUGGUGGAACGGCAGCGGGAGCGAUGCAAAUCAGCUCCACUUCCUUAUGAUUUUAGCUCUAUUGAUGUUGUGACAUCUGUGCCUGAAGAUGGGUCCGACAUUCAACGACUGAAAGCUUUUACACGACCUUUGACGUGUAUGCCAGAUGUAGUUCAGAAUGUCCUUUCACACAAUGGAUUAAGACACUGCUGCUCUGCGUAUCAACCUAGACCUAAAACAGCUUCUAGUUCGGUAGGUCUCAAACUGCCUAAACCAGUGGCGGUGAUGCUCAGUCUCCAGCAGGGUUUAUUCCUGAAAAUUAUAGAAAAAUGUCAUUGUUAGUUUGGAGUUACAGUGUGGAUCCUAAAUUUUUGAAAGUGUUUGUCAAUUAAUAUCCCCCCUCCAUCCUCCUUAUAAGCGAACAUUGUGAAUUUAUUUUUUUACUUGGGCAGAAAAUGUAUGAAUAUAGGCCUAAGGGAUAACAUUUACAAUCACUGUCCAUGCUAAGGGAAAUUUACUAUAACUAUUUUAAUUUAUAAAAUAACUAAGAUAGUACGCGCUUUCUGAUUGGUUAAAAACCUAUGGCUCAUAAUUGUGCCAGUAAACUCAUAGAAAACUUAAAGUUAUUUUAUAAAAGCAAUAGACCACACUUUCUAUGAUGACUAUGGGUUUACCUGCACGAUAACCCACUUGGGAUGUUGGGAAAACAGUUGAAAAGCUUGUAAAUCACUCCCCUCUCGUGAUUGACAAGACUUUUUUCAAGUCCUCAGUGUCAGUUGUUAAGGACAUAAAGAGUUUUUGCUGGGUUCAAACAGGUAUUUUAUGCCCACUUGCCUGAUUGACCUGGACCAAGACAAGAAGUCUUCUAACUAAAUCAUAGAAAAGUAAAAUAAAACAUGCAACUACCCCACAACAGUAAAAUUUGUGAGCUGCCUGACCAGUGUACAUUAAGCUGGACCAGGUGUAUUGGUUGUUAGUCAGGUGACUCACUGUGUAUAGAUAUUUGGUUGGUAGCAGCUCAACUGCUGUACCUGAGGUGUAAUUGUUAAAUUGUAAGUAAAUUGUGUAAUUGAAAGUUCCUGCUUCAAAGGAAGAUGGUGAAAGGCGACUAUAUUAUUUACGCAUGAAAGAGAUAUUUAAUGCAUGAAAAAAAUAUUCGACAUAUCUCUUUAGGGUAUUAAUAAUGGUUUGGAAUUUGAUUAGAAACCUGUAUAAUUUUCAUGGCUGUGGUUUAUAAUUUACCACACAGUCUGAAAUACCUGCACUGGAUGACCCUUUGCAAUACAUUGUAUGUUUGAUUUUAAUUUGCCACGAGUUUUUAACUAUGCUUCUUUCUUUUCCCUGAAUUGACAGAGACAGCAGUUUUGGCCUGUGACAAGACCAGCAGUGGUAAGCUAAAAUACUGCCACUGUUUUCUCAGUUAAUUUCCCAAAGGAAUGUCCAACAAGAUAGUAAAGUACAGACAUUCUGGUUAGAUAAAAUAUUAUUGUGUCAUCAGGAUUUGCUACAUUUAUUUUUAUAGUUAUCAAAAAAGACAAUAAUUUAUUAUAUUGCUCUUCAAACCCUUUCAGAGGAAAGGAAUACCAGUAAAUUCAAAAAUUAAAAAAAAAAAAAUCAAAAGCUUUUAUUAGAAAGAGCUACAUACCUUGGAUGUAUUUUUUUUUCCACCAAAAAUUGUUAUUUUUUCUUUGAGAUACUCUCCUUUUAUUUGCGGCCAUCUUUAACAUUCUAUCACAACAGCUAACAUCAAUGGUCUCCUUUGUACCCCUGUACAUAACUCAAAGGAUUUAUUUUGUUCAUUCCACAGUUCCACAGAGGAGAUGUUCCAAAGUAUCUUCAUUUUGUGAAGCCAGCAGGUCUUUGGGUAAAAGGAGAAGAAAUUCGUCGUAGUACAUCUCCAGUUGAUAAUCUUGCCAGAACAGAUGACCCCUUCGAUGUUUCUGUAGGAGCAGAUUUGCUGUUUAAUGGAGAUGAUGACCUUGAAGGAACAGUUUUGUAUGAGGAGCAGUUUUUAAUUCCUGCCACUCCUUCUGAAGCAUCUGUUUCAGAGAGAGAAUGUUUUGAAAAUCAAGAAGAAAUGCCAGAUUCAAAAGGUACUGAUUAAAAAUACUCUAGGGGGAUAAUUUUAUUCAUUAAAUUUUGGUUUUAAUGUACAUAAGUAGUGUACUACAGGGGCAGUUCCAGAAAAUUUAGAAAGGGGGCGACCAUGACACUUGCCAGCUAGAUAUUAUUAAUUUAUUUUACUGAGAAUUCUUCAAAAAUAAUACAAGUCCACUCAGUCUACCCCUAAAUCCACCCAUGCGCUACCUUUCCUUAGUUUCUUGCUCUACCUUACCUGGCCAGACUGGGGAAAAAUUAGAGUCAUAGCCGCCUGCCUAAAAUCCAGGGUAACCCCAGCCGUGGACGGGGUUGUCAAGGGAUAAAAACAUAUGGGGAAGCCAGGAUCAGAAGGUCUUGGACCCUGGCCUGGCCAGAACAGGGCCAAAUUAAGGCCUUCCUGGAAGCUGGGGUGAGCUUGGCCAAGUGUGGAUAUUCUCUUGCAUCGGGAAUAUAUCCCAAGGCCUACCUAUUGGGCCUGGAUUUCAAGAUUUUUGGCGAGGUUUUAAAAUGAGAAAAAAAUUAAUAUGGCCUUAUGAAGCUUUUUCUUCUGGACUUGACCUUGUCUGAGUUGUUUUUUAAGCUUGGUAAAGUUUUGAUUUGUUAACAACAAGGAGGAGACACAGGUACAAACAUUUUAAACAAUGCAGAAACAAAAUAAUGAAAAUAAUGAAAACAACCCAGCCAUAUUUGUCAGUUUACUAUGAACCCUUUAAGCCCCAAUAUCCACAUAUAAACUCUCCAUACUGAUCUUCAUACAUUUCUUUAAAGAAUUAGUUGAGAGAGUUUGAUAACAUAUCAAAGCAUUUUCUCUUUAGUGAUCAUUUUAUUAACUCUCAUAACCAUUUCUCUUUGCAACAUAUGGAUAUUGUUAGGAGAAAAUUGAUGAUGGUCACUAUUGGGACUUAAAUGGUUAAAAGUAAGAGAGUCCUAGCUAAAAAAAAAUCAUUGAAUUAAAAUUACCUGGUAGACAAAAAUAUUAAAAUUAUUUAUAAGUUUGUUUCUGAUUACUAGCAGAUGUAGACGUCAAGGAACCAAGUGAAGCUGGGGAACCUGAAAUGAUGAGUCCAACAAUCAAUCUUGUUCAUGAGUACUUAAUAGGAGAUGAGGAAGCUGAGAUUGGUGACCCUGUGACAUCUGAUGCCACACCAGAACUAAAGACACAAGAAUCUCAAUCUGAUGAGAAAACUGACCCUAUUGAUCAGGUAUUUGAUCAGUGGUUAACACUUUGGAAAGAUGUAUUAUAAUCAUUAUGUCCCAAGUUCAUCUUUCAUUCACCACUUAAAAUUUACCAUCUUUCUUUGUUAAUUACAUAUAUGCAGGAUACAUAGAGAAAGAGUUCCUGUAUGAACUCAGUGUAUGGCCUUGCUUUCCAUGUGUCUCUCUGCUGCUCAGUUAGUUUACUGUCCCCUUAGUGUUUGGGUGGUGAUUGGGUAUGAAAGAUUUGAGCUUCUUUUCUUUGUGUUGUUCUUAUUAUUAAUCAUGUGAAUGUGCAUUGUACAAUUUUAACUUUAAUAACUUAAUUUUGCAAUAAUUGGUUUCUCAAUCCGACCCAGAUUGUGUUUUCUUUGUUUAGGGAUUUGAAGUCAUCAUUACCAAAGUGGAACAUUCACCAGUUCAAACUCCAUCCCCUGAUGUCACAGAACAAGAACCUGAAACAGGCAUGCCAAACAAUGAACUUGAUGGUGAUUUACAAAUAGUUGUUCCUGACAUUCCGCAGUGGGCAACUAAGGAAGAGGUAGCAUCAGUGGAAGAAGAACAAAAUAAAAAUGUCCCUGAGGAACAAGAGAUUAUACCACAGCCUACCCAGGACCCUGGGGAGCCUGUGGAGCCUGUGGAACCUGUUAAUGAGGUGGAAGAUGGACCUCCUAAAAACGAUGUUGAGGAUAAGGACUGUGAAGUAGAAGAGACAAAACCACAAAUGAAUCAAGUUAAGUUUGCUGAUUCUCUUAUUCUCACAAGCUAUAAACCACCACCGCUUAAAAAAGAAAAGAAAGAGCAGCCCAAGAAACCUGUUUCAAUUUUAAAGCCUGCUGCAAGUAAAGUGGAGUCUCCAUCAAAUGAACCUGAGACACCUAAAGUCCCAGUGCUUUCCCCAUUGAAGAAAGACUCACCUGUUCAGCGCAAGGUGCCAGAUAAACCACUCAGGCUGGUAAAACCACUACCUGUUAAACCAGAAGGAGAGGUUAAAGAAAAGACGGUAUCAACAGAAGAAGAGAAAGCUCUGGUGGAAGAAACAAAAGUUGUGGAAGAAAAGACUGAAGAACCACCUAAACUGGACCCUGAAGUGUAAGCUCUCCUUCAUUUAUAUUAAUUUAAUAACUUAAAAUGUUAAUAUUUACACUGUAAAAAAACUUGCCACAGGCCAAAUUUCAUUUUCAUUUUUCCAUGGCAUGGCCCACUUGCAUGUCAUCUAGGAAACCUCACUUUUGCUUCGGAUUCAAAUAAAAAUGCUUGACACUAUGCUAGGAUCACAAAUUUAACAGAAAAAAAAAUCAGUCCAAGUCUUCUUACAUGACUGACCUCAUAAGGGCUAGAGGUAUGUAAAGCUUCUAGGAUAUUUUGUGACUGAUAAAUUAAUAGGAAUGAAGGUGCAAUUUAUCAUGCAUAAGAUGUCAUAUGAUUACCAAACAAAAGACCCCCCAUUAGUUAGUUUCUGUGAGUUUGUUCUUCAGCUUACAUGUACUCUUUUGCCUAACCAACUCAAGAGAGUUUUCGUGGUUAAAUAAGUGCCACAAUGAGUUUCUUAGCUCUUAAGCUUAAAAUGAAUUCAGUGUGAGUAAUUUGGUUUUCAUGACUUUUAAAGGAAAUUGCUUUUUUGAGUCAGUAUCUUACGUAAACUUUGUGUUUAUUUUUGUUUUUAUAGUUUACCCAAGCCAGAGUAUAUUAGAGCUCCUGGUGCAUACAGGAUGUAUGAUCCAAAGGUACGGAUUACACACACACACACACAAAAAUAUGUUGCUAUUUUACAAAUGAAAGUCUAAGCUGUAGCUUUUGUUUAGUAUCUUUAUGUCUAAAGAUAGGCUGCUGUUAGGGAAAAACAGGAAAUAUAAGUCGCAGGAAGAAAAUAGAGCAAAACUGAGGAGGUAAAAAAGUUAGCUUUAUUUGCUCCAUGUUUUUCUCAUGGAGUGGCGGGAAUUUGUUGCCCUUUCUGAAAAUAUGAGGCAAGAAAAUAUUUUGGAUCAUUUAGAAAGUCAUCAUUAGCUCAGAAGUUUGUCAGAGAGGUAGAUUUGCAUUAAUGUUAAUUACUAGUACUACAGAACUAUUAUGCAUUUUGGGCUGCGAAAUUAUUGGGUAUAGGUAGUUAAGUCAUCUUUUUGUCAGUGGGUUUAAAAACAUGAGUACUUUUGGCAUGGAAAGCAGUAACAUUCAGAACAUAACUUGAAUUAUUGUUUCCUGCUGGAACAUUUUUUAUUUGACUAUAAUCACCAUUGCUUGAAGAAGGGAACUAGCUAACCUGACUUCUCCAGAUGUUUGUAAAUAAUUUAUCUUGUUAUCAGCUAAACAUCUACAUUCUGCAUGAAUUAUUGAACUGCUGACAGAAUACCCUUUGACUUGCCAAAACUAUCCAUUUAGUUAAGAUGGUCACAGCUUCUUCUCUUUUUUUUUCUUUUCAAUGUGUGAAGUAGAAAAUAUUGAUCUCUUUUCUAUGACAUUUUUCUUCUAUACUCCAAAAUCAUGUUGUUUAUUGUGGCCAAAAGUACUCAAACUGUGAGGUGAAGUUUUGAAUUUGUUGCAUUUUGUUGCUUAAUGACAAAAAUAAAAAGUUUUAGUCUCCACUGUUAAUGAGUCAUCGCACAAAAAGUAAGUUUGAAAAAAUAAAAUGAUUAAUGCUUUUCUAAGCACAAAUAAGACGUAUGAUUACUCUAAAAAGUUUCUACUCCAUAAUUAUCCUGCCACCUGCAUGGAAAGUGAUAUUUGAUGUCCUUCUCUUGACUAAUGUUGAUAUUCUGGUAAUGACCAUGCAUAUUUUGGAGACUUAAGGCAGGUUUAAAAAUAUCAAUCAUCAAAUUGCCUUCUGAUUAACAAAGGUAAAAAAUGCUUUCACUUUUUUUAACAUUGCGGUAUUUAAUUCAUUUACUCUUCUCUUUUAACCAAUCAUAAUUCCACAGUCUAUUUUUCUUUUAACUCAUGCACACAACAUGUUUACAAUAAUCAGACUGAAACUAACCCUUUUACUACCACAGUUAAUGGUAUAGUCAUUUAAGGUGGUUCUAACUUUUGAGUCUUUGGAUGAAUUUCCAUUUUGUUACAAUUCAAAGGAAUUCUCUUUAGUAGAAUUUUCACAUUGCACUCCUUCAUCUCAGCAUUUUACAGAUCGAAUUGUUUGGAAAUUUUGGUCAACGCUAAGAUUAAGGGGGUUAAUUCUCGGUGUUAUUCUUUGAACUACAAUGCAUCAUAGCACUCAAUGAAUUGAAACAUACCUAUUUUUCCUAAAGGACCUUCUAGAGUAUCAUUUGGAACAAAAAAGAGAGUCCAAGCCUGUUAAGAAGUCCCUCACUAAUCCUACAGUUAUGCCUCAGUUCAGACCAUCUCCUGAGAGCACUGAAGUCAUGACAACCAUCUUGGACGAACAGAAGGUAAGUACAAAGGGUAGUUAGUUACCAUAAAGUUCUGCUUAUAUGCCCCUCCCCCCCAAGUUGUAGGCCCAUUUAUAUGUACCUGCAUCUAAACCAAAAAUAAUCCCGUCAUAAGCCCCCCCCCCCAGAUAUAUACAUUAUAAGUGCCCCUCUAGCUUGUAUUGAAAUGAAUUUGAUUUUUACAACAUUUUGAAGCUUAAAAAGUGGGUAAAAGCCCUCCUUAUGAAGUUGUUUUUAGUAGUCCACCAAAAUAUAAAACAAGAAAAAGAAAGGAAAUGUUACAAAAAGGCAUGGCAUCAUGCCAUGUUGAGGUAGGUCUGUUAAUUUUAUAGAUGUAUUUUUGUCUGUUUUCUCUAGCGGAAGAGAGAGGGCAUGAAGCCAUGGUUGCAAGGGAGAUUGGCACUUUCUAAACAAACUAGUCGCUUUGAGCUUCCCAUGGAUGUUAGAUUACUUGAAGGUACAUGUUGUUGUACAUACAUCUAUGUAAUUUGUACUAAAAGUUAAUUUGAUAUAAUGUGUAAAAAUUAAUAAUAAUCAUGUUGGACACAAAAUAUUAAAACAGCACCUUAGAAAAACAAAUCAUUAAUUGGUCCCACUAUCAAGGAUGGUUAAUGAAGAGGAGUCCACAGCCUUCAAAAAAAUCUUCUGUCCUGUGGGCCUCGCUUUCUUCCUUAAAGUAAGGGGCCCCUUCCCUAGCUAUAUUCACCACUUCAAUAGGUGAUUUUGUAUUCUUUGACAAUUGUGAUCAAAAUCUGAUUUCUUCGUUUUUUUCUUUCCUGUAAAGCUAUGACACCAAUGGAUUACUUAACCAAGUACUGCAUUAUCAGGUCAGGAGUGCAGAUAUCAUUUGAGGUUCUUGUUCAAUUUAAUGGUGUAAAAACGUCUUCAUUUAUAAGACAUAAAAUAACUUAACUUCCUCUUCUUGACAAUUUCAGCACAAGAAGGAAAGCACUUUACAAGCACAUAUUUCUGAAGGUGGAUAAAGACAGAGAUAAUUUAAUAACCUUCAGGGUAUGUGUCUAUGUAUAUAUUGGUAAUGGAACUGAGUGGACUGCAAUGUGGUCUGAAAUCAUACGCGUGAUUUCAAAAUUGCACAAGCAUGCACCACGAAUACGAUUUGAAAUCACUAGUAUGAUUUCAGACCAAAAUUGCAAGACAUAAAGUUCAAUUACCACUUUAUUUACAGCCAUUUUGAAAUCGCAGAAUUCAGUCAGUACCGAUAUUUUAUUGAUCAAGAAGGUGGUUAGUUGAAAACUGGAAACAAAAAGGCCUUUACAUCUCAUUUUGUAUUCGAAACAGAAAUGACGUGAUAUAGAGCAAAAAUAAAGCGAUUCAGAACAGAUGUGAUUUAGAGCUUAAAAAAGUGUGAUUUGUGAAUAAAUCACACUGCUGAGAGCCAAUCAGAUUGCAGAGAUCACCAGUGAUCUCAAAAUGGAUAUAAUAAGCUUAUACGUCAACCCAUUUAGUAUCUUUGGUGUUGUUCGGAUUAUUACAAUGUUGCUGACCCAACAAAUAAAUUUUUUCCCAAAAAAUCACAAUGAUGAUGAAUACUGAGAAGUGAUUGUGAAUUUACUCAUGCUGUUCUUUGUGCAACGUUUUGUCAAAGGAAAUGGGUAGAGGCUUGAAGGAAAUUCAUGUAGACUCCAUAACUACAGAACAAGUCAAGAAACUUAUAGAGGUAACAAGCAUUAACUUUAUGAAUGGACUUACUUUAAUAUUAUUACUUUUGUUUCUGCUCACGUUCAACUUAAUUAUUGGGUAUUAGUGAUCACUUUGCCUCAUCCUGUUACAGAUGGUUGAAGGAAAUGAGAAGUCUACUUUUAAUUUGGCACAGUUCUCAGCAAUUGCUGCAUUUUCAGAAAGGUUACUCUUCUCAGAAACACAGUGAGUGAAAUAAUUUUGUGGUAGAUCUUUUUAUUACCAUUUUAGUGUUAAUGACCUACACUUAGAACUUCUAAGGGAAACAAAAUCCGGGGGGGGGGGGGUUACUGCCAUAUAUGGACUAUAUAGGUAUGUGCCACUGUGAAGGGUACGGUUUUCAAGCAGUUUACUCUAGGAUAGGGUAUAUAAAUCAGAGUGUUUGGGUCUAGAACAGGGUAUCAUUUUUCAGGAAACUGAUCAGUUUGUUGAAGACUUUAUCUAGACUAGGGAUUGUGGUAUAAGGUUUUGUUUUGGCUAGACUGUGCUAGUGACCUUAGUAGUUUCUGGAAAACAACUACUCUAGGAUAGGGGGGAUUUGGGGAGUUUACUCUAGUAUAGGGUAGCAAAAUUCAGCUGAACUAGCUCUGGUAUAGGUUAAGGGUUCCAGGGUCCCAGCGGCACAUCCCCACCCAGAAAUUCCUAAAGUAACCCCCCCCCGGAACAAAAUAUAGUUUGUGUGGGAGGAAGGGAAGUUCAGUUAAGCAAGUUUGACUAACUGCAUCCGAACAAGCAAUUGAAUGUGUAUCAAUUUCCUUUUAGAAUCACAGAAAAGAAGAGCAUAUAUAGCUCAAAGGAAAUUAUAGAGGAAGCAGACUUCUGUGGCCUUAAAUCUAAGCUGAGUGGAUUCCCUGUAAGUAGGAAUUGAUAGCUUUGAAUUGUGUGCUUGUGUGUAAAAGUUUUUGAAAUAUUCACAAAAAUGAAGAAAAAUAUAUAAAAAUUAAGCCUUGAUAAUUAAAAAUAUAUUAAAAUUGUAAUAGUGAUAAAUUAUAAUGAUAAUAAUAAAUUUUAUAAUAAUAAUAAAGUAAAUAAUAAUUUUGAUAUUAAUAAAACAAAGAUCUAUUUAUAGGAGAUGCAAACUACUUGAAUGCAUUCUAGAUAUAAUAUUGGUGUUAUAAUCCAGAUAAAAUUGAAUUGAAGUUGUUUCCCCCUUUUUACCUACAAGUGGUGAUUUUAUAAACUGUUUUGCUGAUUUGUAAUAUGUUUAUUUCAUAUUUUAAUUUUUUCAGGUAAAUCCGACAGUCAGGAAGAUUUUAGAAGUUUUGUAGCGAAACUGUCAAUAAUUAACUAUUUUCUUACAAAUAUAUAUUAAAAUUUGUAGAUUUGGAAAUGCACUGUAUUUUAUUUAUAAAAUUAUUUAAUAUAUAGUAUUUAAAGUCUAUAUUAAUCACAGAUUUGGGAAAUUUGGUUUUUUACUAUCUUAUGCAAUUUGCAGGGAAUGUAGGAGUCAAGAUACUAUUAAUUUGUAUCAGUUGUCAAGUAUAAUUUUUUAACAUUAAUUAAAUGUAAACAAUUACGUUUAAUUAUUGAGGACCAUGAUUGCAGGUAUCCUGGAAAAGCAAAUAUUAGGGUCGGAACAAAAUAAUGGUAAAAAUAUAACAAGACUCACCAAGAUGUUGGAGACCUGUUUGGAUCAUCCAAGAGCCCAGAGUUACUUGUUUAAACACCUAGAUGGAAAAAUCAAGACUUUGACUCAUGACCAAUGUUUUUGAGACUUUGAGAUUUGAUCAAGAGUUUUUAGAGAGCUGUGAUUUCUCAGAUUUCCCACCCCUAAAAUCCUAGUGGAGGAACUGUGCUGAGUUGAGCUAGAUACUGUAUUGAGUUGGAAGAUGCAUUAAGGUUGUAGGACUAGAAAACAGAUAUGCUAGAAGGGUGAGGGGCAGUGUAUUUCACUUCCUCUGGUCUCCAGUGUCUCACAGUAUUGUGAUGGUUGUUACGUGACACACUAAAAAAAACUGUAAACAAAAGUAAAUGACACAUUUUCAUACAGCAGUCACCGAUUACUUAGAUUAUUUAUUCCUCGUUAGGUAUUAUAGGCUGGCCUCUACAUGACAACAAUCACUGAGAUUGACUUUUGUUUUCUCUAAGUCUCUUCUCCAUAGAUGUAUGUUCACUAGUAUCAAUGAAAAUAAUUGUGAGUUGACCAAUCAUAGGGACCUGGAAAUAAAGAAAUUAAGCCAGAUUUUAAACAUUAAAUUGUCAGUCCUUUGAUCUGCAAGCAUUCCUAAAUGGGAAAGAUACAUGUUUAGACUUUAAGCCAGAUGAAUGCUGGCUGACCCAAUGAGGAGCACUAAAGUUUGUACACUUAUCAAAUGAAGGGUUACCUACUUACUUAAAAUAUAUGAA